AUGGCGUUUGACCCAAUGACCUGCAGCAGAGAGACGGGCGGGCGGGCUACGGCCAGAGGAGAGGAGAGCUACCGGCGGAUGGUGGGUCAAGCAGCGAGGAGAUUUGAGAUCCUGGAGAAAGAGAGAAGAGUCGUUCAAGGGCUCCAAAGCAAAGAAGAAAAGAUCGAGCAAAGUGACGACGAAGGAGUGUAG